UUGUCAAACGCGAUUGUCUUGGCUGCUGCCAAACCGUCGAACGUCGAGUUUUACCGAAAUUAAUCCGUGCAAAAUAGCUCCGAACGUGGAAAAUUUAGCGACAAAGUGUACCGAAAGUUGUGAAGUGUCGUGGGCGAUAGAAUUUCGGUGUCGGUUUCCAAUUUUAAGCCGUGAAAAAGUGAAAAACAAGAUUGCCAAUUUGGAUGGCUGCAUUUUUUUUUUGCUCUUGUGUUCGAUGAAUGGUUCCGUUUCUCUCUUGAGCUGCUCUCCUGUUUCGCUCUCGCUCAGCGGCAGCGCCGAUAGAGCGAGUUGAAAACAACAUUACGACACAGCAGAAGAAAGAAGUGGACGAGAGAAGACAGUGAAGCGUUGCAAACAAGCCCGGAAUACCGUCGCAUAAAAAUACACUCACACCGGUUUGGAAAAUUGCCUUGCUGCUGCACUGCUUGAGAUUGUGAGGAAAAAAGAGAUAGGAAUGUGUUGUUUUUUUUUAUCGAGACGGCAGCGAAUGAGUGAAGAAAGGUGAAGAACGACAAAAAAAUACGUUGCAAAACAAGUCCAGAAGAAGAAAGCCAGCAAAACAAAAGGUGCCCAGUUUUGGGUUGUCGAGCGUUCGUUUUUUUUGUGCCUCUGGUUUAAUUCAUUUACGGAAUAGUGGAAUAGAGAAGUGUGUGUGUGUGUGUGUGUGUGCGAAUUAUUGUGGUGGUUUCUCUCGGCGUCACGGAUGAGAGAAGAUUUGCAAAGUUGAUAUGUGUGUAUGGGAAGGUGAUACGCAAUCGGGACACCUGGAUACUCGCCGCCAAGUUACUGCGGACCGUUGAUCUGCGCGACGUCCUUUGCGUAAGACGCGCUUCGGUGUGGUCAGCUUUCUUAGCAGGUAACUUAAUUAUAACCGUGAAUACCGACAGCAACAGCAGCACAUUGCUCCGCUCCAUUCCACAGCAUAAUAACCGACCGAACCAAAACGCACCAACACACUUGAACCGGUCGUGUAGUUGGUUGUGUUGUGUUGGUACAGGGACCAGCCCAAGUACAAGGUGUUGUUGUCACGAGCGAUACGGCGACGCGCCGUUUAACGUAAACCCUUGCUCGGAGGUAACCUCCGUGGUUGCUGUUGUGUGCAUGCAUACCUUUGGAGACCUGACGUUCCGUUUCACGCGCUGCCUUGGCCUGGCCUCUGAGAGAGGGUAGUCAGUACUCGUCGGGUUUUGUCUCCAGUCGGUCGGUUAGUGUUUUAUGUCGCUAAAGUAAGCCUUCGAGUGUGCGCGUGUUUGUGUGUGUGGUUCGCACUAGGAAUCCGUCGAGUUCCUCCGUGGCUCGUAUCGCGGCCGCGUUUGUGUGUGUGGGAGUGCGUGUUCAAAUGAAGUUUCGCGAUCCUGUCAGUUAUGGUCGCCUAGGCUAGCCAAGUGUUUUGCGGCUUGUUUUGGAAGAAAACGGUUAAAGCUUACGCGACGUAUCUACCUGUGCUUCAAUAUUAACAAAAAAAGGUGGAUAUCGUUGCGAGGAAUGUGCGGUGUUUGCAGAUGAUGGAAUAAUGAUACAACAGGCGGCAAUAGUGCAAGUGAGUCAGUGAGUCAUAAGCCCAUGGGCCCAUCGUGUGUGCUGUGUGAAGAAUGUGCAGCGUGUGAUGACCUCAUACUGAACCAUCCAUAUUUCGCUGGAGUGUGCAUUGGCUGUCAGGGAGGUAGCGCCAAUUGUUUGGUUACGUUGCACAAAAAAGUUGGAGGAUACACUUGUUGACGAAUAUAUUGGAUCGACGACUCGUGGGGUCGUAAGUAGUGUAUCGAGCAAGCGACUAAUUACGUGUUGAACGACGGUAAAUAUCGUGAUUGUUACAUGUUGAUAAUGUUUACUUGGAAAGCAGCGUCUUUCGAAAAUCGCGUUGCAUGAACAACACAAAUGGGCGUAUGAAAAAUAGGAAUAAAGCUGCGCUGUUGUGAAGAAGUGAGGAAGUGUCUCGUUUACAGUGAGGAGUGCGCGCGCAUUAAUUGAAUUAUCGUUACAAUAUCUGUUCCGCCUGGCUUUGUGACUACGAGGUGCAUGGAACUCUCAACGUGACGGCAUAAAUUAGUCUCUCUCUGUGUUUCAAUACUUUGUUUUGCCUUCCUGGAUUGGCAUACUGCUCUUCGCGAACGAAAGUUCGUGCGCCGCUGAUUUAGCAGUUCCAGACGAAUUCUUCCUCGUCAGUGGAGGACUACUAAAGGUAUAAAUUAGAGGGGAAAAAAAACGUCGCCGCCCGUGAGCCAACCCGCAACUGGUGCGCACUAAUUAGUUCGGCUCAGCAGCGGCUCCGACCGCCCCCAGUUGCCGCGAGUCCAAAUGCCCCACGCCAUCACGCGUUCCGGGCCCAGGUCUCGCCGCACAGAUUGCCGCCACGCCUAAGCAGCCACCUGCCCGCUGCCUUUCGGGUUGGCAAUGUCAGUAGUGAACGAGAAACGAAUGCUAGACCGUGAAACGCUUCGUUCCGUUAUCCAGCAAUGGAACACGGUUCGGUUGGAUAUUUUUGCCCUCUCGGAACCAAACGAGAACUUGGAAUUCCAUGGGGUUAUGCGAUUCUACUUCCAAGAUGAAGGUCAGAAGGUGGCGACCAAAUGCAUCCGGGUUGCGUCCGAUGCGACGGUAUCCGAUGUUAUCGAAACUCUGAUCGAGAAAUUCCGCCCGGAUAUGCGGAUGCUGUCGCUACCGAACUAUGCCCUUUACGUGGUGCACGCGAAUGGCGAGGAACGCAAAUUGAACCCGGACGAGAAGCCCCUGUUGGUGCAGCUCAACUGGCACAAUGACGACCGGGAAGGGCGCUUCCUGUUAAAAAACUGCGCCCAGAAAACCAAAACCCUUGAAAGCAUCACCGAUCAGCCCAGCUUCAAGCGGAAACUGUCCAAGCGCGAGAAGAAGGAGCAGAAAAAGAAGGAAAAACUUUCGAAACUGCACUCGAGUGGGGGAAAUGAUUCCGAGAAUCACGUCGCCGAGAAGUUGUACACAGAACUGCCGGAAACGUCAUUCACACGUUCCAUCUCUAACCCCGAGGCGGUAAUGCGACGGCGUCGCCAGCAGAAGCUCGAGAAGAAGCUCCAGCAGUUCCGAUCCCGGGACGGAGGACCCGACACCGGCGGGACGCUGAAAAUCUACGGCGAAAGUCUGUGCCGGGACGUACCGUACAAAACGUUGCUGCUGUCGAUACGGGACUGUGCCCAGGCGGUGGUCCGCGAGAUGCUUGCCAAGUAUGGCAUGGACAAGGUGGACCCGUUGCACUACUGUUUGGUUCAGGUGAAUAGUGAUGGCUCCGAGUACAUCCUUGAUGACGAUGAGUGCCCGCUGUCGAUUUUGAUGAACCAUCCAACUUCACGUGGAUCCAUAAUGUUCCACGUUCGCCGACGACCGGCCGAUUCGCAACCGCGGAGGCGAAAAAAGAAGCCACUGGGUGUUUCGAACGGCGGUGGCAAUCUGAGCAGCGAUCGGGAGGGCCCUAUGCUGAUUGAAAUCACCCACAGUGGCGACGGGGGCCGGCGGGUCAAACUGGGCAGCGAGCCGAUCGAGGUCGGCUCGGCCAACACCAACGCGCUCCAGCUGUUCGGUCCGUCGAUCCAGGCCCGGCACUGUUUGAUUUCGAUGCACGACGGCGUCUGCACCGUGACGCCACUCCACGCCGACGGGACGACCUUCGUGAACGGUCACCACAUCCAACAGCCAACGAUAUUGCACAACGGUUCGGUGGUGAUGUUCGGUCGGGUGGCUUCAUAUCGUUUUGUUGACUCUCCCUCAGACGGACGGUACAACUUGGCCCUCUCCCAAUCCCAGCUCGAUUCGGCCUGUCUAUACGAAAGUCGAUCACCAACUUCGCCCACUUCCUGGAACGAGGAGGAGAGUCGUCCGAUCAGUCCGGUAAGUUCGGUGCAGCCGGCCCCAAUCCAGAAACUGGCCAACUAUUUGGAGGCAACCGAUGGAAGCAAAAUACUUGACCAGCAGCAGAUUACGAAGCCACCGUCAUUCGAUAUACAACACAGCAGCACCGGGUCGGGGAACGUAACGGUGGGCGCCGCGAGCACACAUUCCCACAUCCAUCAGACGCAAAACCUGCUGAUGACCAGCUUGGAUUCGGUCGAUGCCGCCUCUACGGCCGGCGGUGUGGCGGUAAAUGACGAUGCCAAAAGCAACGCCACGGCGGAAUUCAACGAAACCGAUGUCGGUAACAUCGAAACGGAAACGAAAUCGAUAUCGAGCUUGAAAUCUGCCGGAUCCACCCAGGACAGGACAAACACAUUCCCCAAGCAGCAGCCAUCCCAUGCGGCGGCAACCAUGUCAAGUGAACCCGGUGGCCAGGAGCCCAUCCUACCGGCGGUGCUGGAAUUUCCCGAACAACACCAGGAUGCCUUCCUGCAGGCCGUUAUCAGCGAAUUAGAUGUCAAUUCACCAAACUUUAAGCUAGCUCCAGUGUACACGCUAUAUUUAUGCGCUAGGUAUCGCGCCUCUACCCACUACCGUCCCGAUCUGCAGCCAACCGAACGUGCCCACAAGUUAACAGUAUUCCUCCAUCACGUUGCCAACCUGAUCCAGAACGUCGUUCAGGAGCAGUACACCGAUGCCAAAAUUCUAUCCUUUUGGAUGGCGAACAGUUCCGAGUUUUUGCACUUCCUCAAAUCGGAUCGACACAUCUCGGCUUUCAGCGUCCAGGCGCAGGAAGUGCUGGCGGAAAGCGUGCAAACCGCAUUCCGGAAUCUGGUGUCAAUUUUCCACGUGGAGCUCUCCCAAACGCUGAACCAGUUUUUAUCGGAGAACAUCGACCACGAUUCCGCCGCCGGUCUGGUGCUGUCCGUGUUGGGCUCGGCGAUGGCGCUGCUGAGAAGGUGUCGCGUGAAUGCGGCUCUCACGAUACAGCUGUUCUCGCAGCUGUUCCACUACAUCAAUGUGGUUUGCUUCAACAAGUUUGUCACAACAUCACAUAUGUGCACAAGCGCCUGGGGAAAAGCGCUGAGUGAACGUCUCUCCUUGCUCGAGCUGUGGGCGGAGAAGCAAGGGCUCGAACUGGCAGCCGACUGCCAUCUGGCAAAGAUAAACCAAUGUGCUCAGUUUCUGCAGGCACCCAAAACUUCGGUCACCGAGGUGCAACAGUUAGCCUGUUCGUGUUUCCGUUUGAACUCACUCCAAAUGGCAGCGCUACUUUCACAGGAAACCAUCCCCCGGAAUCUGAUUGACACUGCCGUACGGAUGGCCGAGUCCGUAGCGGACGAGUUGAGCCGUGCCGACGGGCGGGAGAUUCGGCUGGAGGAAUCUCCGGAGCUGCCGCUGGCGCUGCUCCUGCCGGAUGAUGGAUUCAGUUGCGAUGUGGUCCGUGGGAUCCCGGCCGGGCUGGUGGACUUUUUGAGUCCCUUCCAGAUGGCCAAUAUGUGUCGGCUGGCGUCGCAACCGACCAGCAUCGGGCUAUGGACUGUGUAUAUGCAUCAGUUUAAUGGACGGUCGCCCAGCGUAAUGUCCAGUAAGCUGCCCCAGCCCGAGAUUCACAUCAUCAAGCUGCACAAAAACGCGAGCGGCAUGGGCCUAUCGAUUGUGGCAGCGAAGGGAGCCGGCCAGGAGCGGCUGGGAAUCUACAUCAAAUCGGUGGUCACCGGUGGCGCGGCAGAUCUAGACGGGCGGUUGCAGGCCGGCGACCAGCUGCUUGAAGUGGACGGCCAAAGCCUGAUCGGAAUCACCCAGGAACGGGCAGCCGAUCACCUGGUGCGAACGGGACCCGUUGUGACCCUGAAGGUAGCCAAACAGGGUGCGAUAUAUCACGGGCUGGCCACCCUACUGCAGCAGCCCAGUCCGGUCAUUCAACGCGGUGGCCGACGAAUGUCAGAGCGAGAUAUGACACGCGUAGGCACCAGCGACCUCAGCAAACCACUUGUACCCUCCCCGGCUGGACAGCAAUUACCCAACAGCAAAUCGGUCCCAGCGUUACAUCACGUUGGCAAUAUUGGUUCUACAGCUAACAAAUCCCGUAGUAUUCACAACCUAGCAAGCGGAAACAACCAAGACCAGGGAUUCUAUCAAAAUCUUAGCGUUUAUCGAGCACAGAACCAGAGCCACCCGAAUCUAGGCGAAAGACCUCCGAUGCCGCUACAAACAUCACUCAAUUCUCCGGGAGCGUCAAUCAGCAGUGGCAACAGCAGCCAGCAGCCUCCAAUUUUAAGCCGUCCAGCAUCUGCCUAUUUUAGUAGCAAUAGCAAUAUGACCCCGAACAAUCUGCUGAUGACUACGCAGAGCAAUUCCUCGAUGGCGUACGGAAUGACUAACCAACAGCAACAGCACCAACCCAUCGGGAGUAAUGUAUCACAUUCGAACUUAGUGGCAGCCUCUUCCGGUAGCAACACCAUGAAUAACCGAAUGCACAAAAUGCAACAGCAGCAGCAGCAACAGAUGGCUGCGAACAACUUCGCGCGAGAUUCGCAGAGUCAGCAAAGUCUUCGACUCAAUCAGAUGAUGGCUCCAUCGAUGCCAAAUAUUGCACAUUCCUUCCAGCAGCAACAACAGCAACAGCCACCCCAUCUACAACAACAACAGCAGCAGCAACAGCAGUCUCAUCAACAUCUCGGUGGCAUAUCGGCCAGUCAAAGCAUGCAGAAUGUCAACAUGAUCGCUGGCGGCGGUUUCGGGCACCAGAACGGUAACCUGCUGCUGUCCACCCAGAUGUAUCCCAAUGAGCAGCAGCAGCACGCCUCGCUACUUCGCGGCCAGGCGAAGCUAGCAGAGAUGAAUGAGUUGAUCAAGCGGCGCAACCAAAUCGUGCCGCCGCAGCAGCGUCCUCAAAACCCAGAUUCUUCAAUGAUGCCAUCCCCAUCCUUACCGCAGCAGCAGCAGCAGCAGCAGCAGCAACAGUCGCAACAACAUUCCAGCUACAGCGGUGCUAGUCCCCAUCCAAGUACUCCACUUAGCUCCCACAAGCAGCUGCCCCCAUCAACGGCUCCUAAACCGCACAGUCGUUCCGGGGCUUCCGAUCAAGAUCAACCUCCACUUCCGCCAACCAACACGCAUCCGCUGUUCAAAACGGGAUCGGGCAGCAACCCACCAAUCGGUGCCUAUAGCUCCUCGGAAGCACCGAAAGUCGGUUUCUUCCCAAAUAUGCCAACGCAGUCCAAAAAUGUGAUCGUCCCGGGUAGCAAUCCAUGGGAACGCGAAGAAAAAGAGAAGGAAACAGAACUGCGACGCGAGCAGAUACGAGCCUGGCGGGAUCAGCAAAUUAUCGAGCUUCAAUCUUUACCUCACAGAUCACAGCAACAGGAGGAUCAGUUGCGCACCCUUAUGCUGGAGCGUGACUUCGAGCGCCGUGCCCUGGAGGAAGAUCAAGACUACGACAAUGAGAUUUCUCCGUACGGUAAAGAUACGGCAGGGGUUCAGGAAGUGCUGAGGCUCGCACAAACACAAAACACCAUUUCGGCACCACUCACCAAAAUGAAGCAAGUUGACGUCAAAAUGCCGUCCAGUCAAACGUCUGAGACGUCCUCGAACGAUGGUCAUUCGGUCGCCUCCUCGGUUGCCAGUACCAUCGCCAACUAUCAACAGCAAGUCGCCUCGGCGAAUGCUUCCCUCCAACCGAAAAGUAUUCUCAAACAUAACAGCACUCCAUCCUCUCCCUCGAAGACAACCAACAAGACGGCAAGUUUCGUCCAACACCAUGACAAACAGCUCAACCUGAGUGAGAUUACCAUGAAUAACACCAACGCCAACCAGUUGCUGUCGCAGAUGGCACUCGAUAUGGGCCAGCUGAAUUUAAACGAGCGCGUCGAUGAGGAUCUACCUGAACAGCAUCAAUCGACUGCCAAUGGCUACCUCCAUGAAACGGCCCCGCCUCCACCGCCCCCGGAGCGCAACAGCUCUUACGUGAUUAUGUCCCAACAGCAACAGAAACUUCGUGGUAGUGCUACCAAGCUAACAUUCAACAACAAUAUAAUCUCCUCAGACCACCAUCAACAGCAACAGCAGCAGCAGCAUCAGCAACAGCAACAACAACAACAACAACAACAACAACAACAACAACAACAACAGCAGUUGCUUCAACAGCAAAGUCUCAUCAAUAACAACAACAACAAUAACGUGCCGGGUAGAUACGGCAACAAUCUUCUCACAACAGCCCCUACCUCAACGACUAUGACCUCUACACUAGGAAUGGCCGCAUCGAGCAGUACCACCAUCAGUAGCGGUAGUGGCAGUGGCCCGAGUGGCAACAACAACAACAACAACAACAAUAAUUUCAUGGCUUACGGUGGGGCCUUCAGGGACAACAAGCGGGUUUCGUUCCACGAUGAGGAUGCGAUAGCGGCGGCUAAUAUGAUGAACAAUAACAGCAACAGUGCGAUCCCCAUGAACGGGAACUACAAUAGCAGCUACACCGAAGCCGGACACCUGAUCGGUAGCGAGCGUGUGAACGAGCAGAGCGAACUGGGGACGAUCAUGGAGCAGCCGGAUCCGGACCGCUUCAUUGACGAAACGAUGCCAGCUAUGCUGCACACUCCAACGAGUCCGGAGACGGAAAGCUGGAACGUGCAGGUUCAGGCUACCCCAGGCGUGAUCGGAGCCCAGGAAGUGUAUCGAGAUCCACGAACGCGCCGUUUGGCCGAACAGCAGCAGAGGCAGAAAACCGAACCGGUUCCGGAGAAGUUGUCCUUCAAGGAGAAGAUGAAAAUGUUCGCGCUGGAAUCGGGCGAAAAUAACACACCGAAGGAUAAACUGAAAAUUUCCCGCGCUCAGCGAGACAUUGACGCAGUGCACUGACGAAUGACAACAACAACGGGAAGCGUUGAUACAUUUCCAUCCAGGCUGGUGCGAAACGAAUCGGUAUUAAGACGGUAGUAUUAGAAUGCGAACGCUGUUUCUCGUAUUUUUUUUAGUAAUUGGGGAAACAACAGGAAAUGAAAAGUUGAUUUUAGCCGUUUUCACGAUGACUAUAACAGGGGUUGAUAAAAAAAGUUUAUGAUUUGUGUAUAGAUUUAGAUAAAUCAAGAACACGGAUUUGAGAUAUGCUAGGGAAUACUAUUAGCAGAUUUUUGUUGUUACUUUUUUAAUAGUGUAUAAAUCGAAGUUGAUUUAUUAUGGUCUAUUUUGCAAAAAAAAGAAGAUCAGCUCGGCAACAAAUAUUACAUUAUGGUAAUGUAAUAUAAGCUAGAAAUUUCAGUAACGUAUGGAAACCGAUCCUCAAUUGUGCUUUCUAGUACUGAAACAAGAGAAUGAUAACGAAACUAGUGGAACCCAUUGGACCAAAAAGAACAUUACUCCUUUUUAUACCAUUUACAGGACGUGUAUGUGCUUAGUAAAAUGUAUAACAUACACAUGUAAGGAACGAAGAUAGAGCAAAUGAACUGUGGUAAUGAGCGGAACAAAUUCAAACGAACGAAACUAGGGCCCUUUUUCUAUUAUCAAAUGUUGAAACGAUUCGUAUCGAAGUCCUAUAUUUGAAUAGAGUGUUAGCUAUUUUUUACUGAAACUAUUCAACAACAAGUGACCUAUGAUAGAAUACACAAACAAACAUGGGAAUUUUUCAUUAUCCCACUUCCUCUCCUCAAGCACUGCUAUCAGAGGCGUUUGUUUGGAGAGGAAGUUUGGUCAAUUUUGCCUCUACAUAUAAAUAUAAACAAAAAAACACAAUGAAGAAAUGCAAGUACUAACCUACUCAAAAAGUGUCACCUUAUAAAUAUGAUAGAUGUAUACUUUCGUUAAAUGCAAAGAUUUAAACAAAAUGUUAUAGUUCUCCGAUUCUGCAUUUUAAACAUUGAAGUAUUUGAUAAGCAUCUAUUCAAACAUAUAAAAUGCGUACAUAGGCGGACAGUGUUGACAAACUCUAGUAAUUUUGUAUUAAAUUGAAGAAUAACAUUACAAGCAACAAAUGAUGUUUAGAGACAGCGAUUUUAUUUGUUAUAAAUUUUUAAUGUAUUUCUAAAUCUUAUUUUUUAAUAUAUAUAUAAAAAAUAUACGAGUCCAAUAGCAGGAAGAAUAUAGCGAUUUUAAACAAAGCCAACCCCACUUCAGAAGAAACACGAACGAAUGUCACAUGUCACGUUUACGACACUAGGUUUUUGUAAAGGUACACCACAACCACAUAAUAACUUAACGCGAUUUAAAUUAUUAAAACAGUCCGGAAAAUAGAGACAAAAUAAGAUUGCACACAAACACACAUACAACCUAAGGCUUAUCUAAAGAUGAACCAGAUCAGAACAGCUAGCAAGCAACAAGUAUAAAUCUCUGAUAUGAGCGUCGUAUAUUCAUAACUCAUAAUAGAAUUUUAAACUACGGUAAUUGCAUACAAUAACACUAACAUUCACUUUAAUGAAGAAUACAUCAGAAAUGUAAAUGUUA